AUGACAAACUGUGUUGCUGACGGCGCAUGCAAGAAUAACACAUCUAGAAUUGCAAGAGUUUUGACAUACGGCGCACAGAAGUUCCCUCCAUUCUUCAAGCCAUUCAAAGCUAAUGUUGUAAGUAGAUGCUGGAGAAUGAUUGAUGCAAAGACAAUUACAUUCGAAGAUUUGGACCUUUACGCAACAAUUUCUGCUUUGUUCAUGUCUAUUCCAGACUCUGGUGUUGAUUACACAGAAACAGCCACGAAGUUCGGAUUCCAGAGAAUAUCAGAUGACAAGUUAACAAAGAUCAUCCAAAAGGCUUUGACAGGAAUAAUCAAGGCUAUCAAAUUAGUCGGAUAA